AUGAAUUAUUCAAAAGAAAGUGUCGUACAAGCUCUAGAUGAAAUCAAGAAUGGAAUAAAUACCAUCAACACCGUGUCAGCUAAGUAUGGCAUUCCUUCAAACACUCUCAGAGACAAAAUGAAAAAAAAAUAUUCAGACAAUAAGCCAGGAAUUGGUUCUGUGCUUACACAACAACAAGAAAAUGAGUUGGAAGAGUGGAUUUUUGAAGCCGUCAGAAAAGGUUUUCCUGUAUCUAAGUUUGAGUUAAUUCAAACUGUGAAGAAUAUUUGUGUAAAUCUUGGCAAACCAAAUCCAUUUACUGAUAAUACACCUGGCAGAAAAUGGUUCAAUCUAUUCAUGAAAAGACAUCCAAAAAUAGUCACAAGGGUAUCUGAGACAGUAACUCUUAACAAAGCAAAUGUAACAGAAGAAAAAAAUCUUUUGGACAUUGAAGCUGAUCGUAUCUUCAACACUGAUGAGACAGGAGUUCCUCUCAAUUCUCAUCCACUCACUGUGUUAGCACCAAAAGGUUGCAAGAACGUUUAUAAAGUUGUCGAUAAUAAUGAAAAAGAAAAUGUUAGUGUGCUUAUCACAGCAAAUGCUGUUGGUGAAUUGGCUCCGCCUUUCAUUCUUUUUAAAGGACAGUCAUUACCACAGAAUGCUGCACAAUUUGCACCAGAUGACUAUGUUUUUGGGUACAGUGAGAAUGGCUACAUGACAGCUCAAAAUUUUUUUGAGUGGAUUGCUAAUUCUUUUGAGCCAUGGUUGACAAAAGUGGGGAAAAAACGACCAGUUGUUGUGUUUGUUGACGGUCACAAAUCUCAUAUGACUUUUGAGCUCAGUUUAUUUUGUUUGAAUCAUCAAAUUAUCUUGAUUGCUCUACAUCCAAACACAACAAAUGUUACCCAACCACUGGACGUUGCAUUUUUUCGACCAUUCAAGGUUACGUGGAGAAAAAUCCACAAACAGUUUUGCUUGGAGUUCUCAAGCGUUGGAAUUCGUAAGAGUCAAUUUGCAACUGUUUUAAAAAAAACUCUUGACCAGCUUGACACAAAAUCGAUUUUACCUAAUGGUUUUCGGAAAUGUGGGCUUAUGCCCAUCAACGUAGAAGCAGUAGACUUUUCAAGAAUUUUCCAUCGCCUUGAACAAAAUCCAAGCGGUGAAGCACCCAGCCCUGAAACAUCCACCACUGAAACCUCCAACUUUGAAGCUCCCAUCCCUGAUUUACUCAGCACUGAAGCCUCCAGCUUUGAAGCUCUCAUCAGUGGGUCACCCAGCACUGAAGUCUCAAGCUUUGAAGCUCCCAUCACUGAUUCAUUCAGCACUGAAGCCUCAAGCUUUGAAGCUCCCAUCACUAGGUUACCCAGCACUGAAGCCUCCAGCUUUGAAUCUCACAUUACUGCGUCACCCAGCACUGAAGCUCUAAUCACUGUGUCACCCAGCACUGAAGCCUCCAGCUUUGAAUCUCACAUUACUGCGUCACCCAGCACUGAAGCUCUAAUCACUGUGUCACCCAGCACUGAAGCCUCNGGCAAUGAAUAG